AAAUGGACGUCGGGGAGCUACUUUCUUUUCAGCCUGAGAAACCAUUGCCACCUGCAAAAGGCAAAAGAAGAUUCCAUGAUGAUGAUUUCCCAGAUCCUGUUGCUGAUAAAAGGAAGAGAAGUCAAGUUGCAGCUACUGACGACUCCAGAAUUAGUGAAGAGGAAAGGGAAAAAAUAAUUCAGUUAGUGGAGGCAGAGACAGAAGCUGAAGCUUUAGAUGAAACCAGUCUCAAAAAGAUGCUUUUGAAUUUUGAGAAAAAAGUUUACAAAAAUCAAGAGCAAAGGAUAAAAUACCCAGACCUUCCAGAAAAAUUUAUGGAAUCAGAAAUUGAAUUAAAUGACAUAAUUCAGGAAAUGCAUGUGAUAGCAACUGUACCUGAGCUAUACCAAAUUCUUGUGGAUCUCAAUACUGUGCAGUCCUUACUACAACUCCUCUCACAUGAAAAUACAGAUAUAUCAAUAGCAGUUGUUGACUUGCUUCAAGAAAUGACAGAUGUAGACACACUGAAUGAAAAUGAUGAAGCAGCAACAGCAUUUACAGAUGUCAUGGUUGAUGGACAGAUUGUUGCGAUACUUGUGCAGAACAUGGAAAGGCUAGAUGAAAAUAACAAAGAAGAAGCAGAUGGUGUUCACAACACACUAGCAAUCAUUGAGAACCUCUUGGAAUAUCGUCCAGAAAUGUCAGCGGAUGCAGCACAGCAAGGAUUAAUGCAGUGGUUGUUAAGAAGGAUAAAGGCAAAAAUGCCAUUUGAUGCCAACAAGUUGUAUGCCAGUGAAAUUUUAGCCAUUCUACUACAGAAUAGUGAUGACAAUCGUCUGUUACUUGGGGAGUUAGAUGGCAUUGAUGUACUUUUGCAGCAGCUUGCAGCAUACAAGAGACAUGAUGCCACCAACAAAGAAGAAAUUGAGAUGAUGGAGAAUCUGUUUAACUCUUUAUGUUCCUGCUUAAUGCGACCAGAAAACAGAAACAAAUUCUUACGAGGGGAAGGUCUACAGCUGAUGAAUCUCAUGUUAAGGGAAAAGAAAAUGUCGAGAAAUAGUGCAAUCAAAGUUCUAAACCAUGCUAUGACUGGCCAGGAAGGGGCAGACAACUGUCAGAAAUUUGUAGACAUUUUAGGACUGCGUACAAUUUUCCCAUUAUUCAUGAAAACUCCUGCUAAAGGGAAAGCAGGGCCAUCACCUGCUGAAUUAGAAGAACACAUCACUAACAUCAUUGCUUCCUUGCUGAGGAAUUGUCAAGGCACACAGAGACAGAGGCUUCUCAGUAAAUUCACAGAAAAUGAUCAUGAAAAGGUUGAACGAUUAUUAGAGUUGCAUUUUAAGUAUCUGGACAAGGUUCGACUGAUAGAUACAGAAAUUGAGCAAGAAAAACAUCGUCUGAAGAUGAGAGGAGAAGACAUGGAUGAAGAUAUGGAAGAUGAAUUCUACAUCAGACGACUAGAUGCUGGACUGUUUACAUUGCAGCUUGUAGAUUACAUCAUGUUGGAAAUAAGUGUGACUGGAGGUUCUUCAAUAAAACAAAGAGUAAUGCAGAUUCUGAAUAUGAGGGGUGGAUCAGUCAAAUCAAUCAGAAGUAUUAUGAGAGAAUAUGCAGGUAAUAUUGGUGAUGCCAAGGAUCCAGAAGCCAGAGAAAAAGAACAGAACAGAAUUAUGCAGCUAGUGGACAAGUUCUAGUGAAAACUGGUUUCAGUUUUAUGAUGAUAAAUUCACAAAUGACUCAACACCCAAUGUGAGAAUACAUGUGUUGACCAAACCCAGGCCGACUUAAUGCAGCAGGAAGGAUUUUGUAUUUGUUUCUAGGACAGAUGUGAUUUCAAACCCUUACAUGUGUGUAUUGCAUGAAAUAGUGAUUCAGUGAAGCUUGGAGUAUGACAACAUGCAAAGUUUAAUAUUGUUAUUAUAGAUCAAGUGCAGUUGUUCUUUGCCAGUUCAGUACCAUGACUUUGAACUUUACAUUUAAUUGAAGGAUAAGUUUUACAUUCACAUAGUAUGACAAUUUUAUUCAUUGCUGUCUGUGUACAUACAUGUAUAUGUUUAAUACAUGAAGAAAUCUAAAU